GGUGACGUACCAGCGUACGCUCGGUGCCUCAUAGGGGAAGAUGGCGGCUGCUCCUUUGAAGGAGAGGAAUUGAGGGGGGAGAAGGAAGGGGGCCCGACGGCAGAGGCAUUCCCUUCCGCGAAGACGGGCGCUUCUCUCGCCCUCGGGAGCUCGGCUCGACCUCAGGCGUGUCCUAGAAGGAAAACAACAUGGCUACAGAAAUUGGCUCUCCUCCAAGAUUUUUCCAUAUGCCAAGAUUCCAACAUCAGGCCCCUCGACAGUUGUUUUAUAAGCGACCUGAUUUUGCACAGCAGCAAGCAAUGCAGCAACUAACCUUUGAUGGAAAACGGAUGAGGAAGGCUGUGAAUCGCAAAACUAUAGACUAUAAUCCAUCUGUUAUUAAAUAUUUGGAGAAUAGAAUAUGGCAAAGAGAUCAGAGAGAUAUGCGGGCAAUUCAGCCUGAUGCAGGUUAUUAUAAUGAUCUUGUCCCACCUAUAGGAAUGUUGAAUAACCCUAUGAAUGCAGUAACAACAAAAUUUGUUCGGACAUCAACAAAUAAAGUAAAGUGCCCAGUAUUUGUUGUGAGGUGGACCCCAGAAGGAAGACGGCUGGUUACUGGAGCUUCUAGUGGAGAGUUCACCUUGUGGAAUGGACUGACUUUCAAUUUUGAAACAAUACUUCAGGCUCACGAUAGCCCAGUGAGGGCCAUGACCUGGUCACAUAAUGACAUGUGGAUGUUGACAGCCGACCAUGGAGGAUAUGUGAAAUAUUGGCAAUCGAACAUGAACAACGUCAAGAUGUUCCAGGCACAUAAGGAGGCGAUUAGAGAGGCCAGUUUCUCACCCACGGAUAAUAAAUUUGCUACAUGCUCUGAUGACGGCACUGUUAGAAUCUGGGACUUUCUUCGUUGCCAUGAGGAAAGAAUUCUCCGAGGGCAUGGUGCGGAUGUGAAGUGUGUAGACUGGCACCCAACCAAAGGGUUAGUUGUUUCAGGAAGUAAAGAUAGUCAACAGCCAAUCAAGUUCUGGGACCCUAAGACCGGGCAGAGUCUUGCAACACUUCAUGCCCAUAAAAACACAGUCAUGGAAGUGAAAUUAAACCUUAAUGGCAAUUGGCUUCUCACAGCAUCACGUGACCAUCUGUGUAAGCUUUUUGAUAUCCGAAACCUGAAGGAAGAACUGCAAGUGUUCCGAGGUCAUAAGAAGGAAGCCACAGCUGUAGCCUGGCAUCCUGUUCAUGAAGGGCUCUUUGCCAGUGGAGGAUCUGAUGGCUCUUUGUUAUUCUGGCAUGUUGGGGUGGAGAAGGAAGUAGGUGGGAUGGAGAUGGCCCAUGAAGGCAUGAUCUGGAGUCUGGCGUGGCAUCCUCUUGGGCAUAUUCUGUGCUCAGGCUCGAAUGACCACACUAGCAAAUUCUGGACUCGAAACCGACCUGGUGAUAAAAUGCGAGAUCGAUAUAAUCUAAACCUUUUACCUGGAAUGUCUGAAGAUGGUGUGGAAUAUGAUGACCUUGAGCCCAAUAGCCUGGCAGUAAUUCCUGGGAUGGGAAUACCAGAACAACUGAAAUUAGCCAUGGAGCAAGAGCAACUGGGAAAAGAUGAAUCAAACGACAUUGAAAUGACAAUUCCAGGCUUGGACUGGGGGAUGGAGGAGGUGAUGCAAAAGGAUCAGAAGAAAGUCCCACAGAAGAAGGUCCCCUAUGCAAAGCCUAUUCCUGCUCAGUUCCAGCAGGCCUGGAUGCAAAAUAAAGUUCCAAUUCCUGCUCCAAAUGAGGUGCUGAAUGACAGAAAAGAGGACAUUAAGUUGGAUGAGAAGAAAAAAACACAAGCAGAAAUUGAACAAGAAAUGGCCACAUUGCAGUACACCAACCCUCAACUUCUAGAGCAACUUAAAAUUGAAAGACUUGCACAGAAACAGGCUGAGCAGAUUCAGCCUCCUCCCUCAUCUGGCACCCCUCUCCUCGGACCCCAGCCCUUUUCAGGACAAGGUCCAAUGUCUCAGAUCCCUCAAGGUUUUCAGCAGCCCCAUCCAUCUCAGCAGAUGCCAAUGAACAUGGCUCAAAUGGGGCCUCCAGGUCCACAGGGACAGUUUAGGCCUGCUGGACCUCAAGGACAAAUGGGACCACAAGGUCCUCCCCUUCAUCAAGGAGGUGGGGGGCCACAAGGAUUCAUGGGACCACAAGGACCCCAGGGCCCACCCCAGGGGCUGCCACGUCCUCAGGACAUGCAUGGACCCCAAGGACUGCAGAGGCAUCCUGUACCUCAUGGCCCUUUGGGGCCUCAGGGGCCACCAGGACCACAGGGUAGUUCUGGUCCUCAAGGUCAUAUGGGCCCUCAGGGUCCACCUGGCCCACAGGGUCACAUAGGCCCCCAAGGUCCACCUGGUCCUCAGGGCCACAUGGGUCCACAGGGGCCUCCUGGUACUCAAGGAAUGCAGGGACCACCUGGUCCCAGAGGAAUGCAAGGACCUCCUCAUCCUCAUGGGAUUCAAGGUGGACCGGGGUCUCAAGGGAUCCAAGGUCCUGUGUCUCAGGGACCUCUGAUGGGAUUGAAUCCAAGAGGAAUGCAAGGGCCUCCAGGACCCCGGGAGAAUCAGGGUCCUGCUCCUCAAGGAAUGAUGAUGGGUCAUCCACCUCAAGAGAUGAGAGGACCUCACCCUCCAAGUGGACUGCUGGGACAUGGUCCCCAGGAAAUGAGAGGUCCUCAGGAAUUGAGAGGUCCUCAGGAAAUGAGGGGUCCCCAGGAAAUGAGAGGUCCCCAGGAAAUGAGAGGUCCUCAGGAAAUGAGAGGUCCCCAGGAAAUGAGAGGUCCUCAGGAAAUGAGAGGUCCCCAGGAAAUUAGAGGUCCCCAGGAAAUGAGAGGCCCUCAAGAAAUGCGGGGUCUUCAGGGGCCUCCACCACAGGGCUCAAUGCUGGGUCCUCCCCAGGAAAUGCGAGGGCCUCCAGGCUCACAAGGUCAACAGGGGCCACCCCAGGGCUCUUUGGGACCUCCACCACAGGGUGGCAUGCAAGGGCCUCCUGGACCUCAGGGACAGCAGAACCCAGCAAGAGGGCCACAUCCGUCUCAAGGGCCAAUACCAUUCCAGCAGCAGAAAACACCUCUGCUAGGUGAUGGACCCCGAGCUCCGUUCAAUCAGGAAGGACAGAAUGCUGGCCCUCCACCCCUGAUACCAGGCCUAGGGCAGCAGGGAACACAAGGCCGCAUUCCCCCUCUGAACCCUGGACAAGGACCUGGCCCAAACAAAGGUGACUCUCGUGGCCCUCCCAACCAUCACCUGGGCCCCAUGUCAGAGAGGCGGCAUGAACAGAGUGGUGGCCCUGAGCAUGGGCCUGAGAGGGGCCCUUUCCGGGGUGGCCAGGACUGCAGGGGUCCCCCUGACAGGCGUGGCCCUCACCCUGAUUUCCCUGAUGACUUCAGCAGACCAGAUGACUUCCACCCCGACAAGCGCUAUGGCCAUCGGUUACGGGAAUUUGAGGGCCGAGGAGGACCUUUGCCACAAGAAGAGAAGUGGAGGAGAGGGGGUCCUGGGCCUCCCUUUCCACCUGAUCACAGGGAGUUCAGCGAGGGGGAUGGCCGGGGUGCAGCUCGAGGCCCUCCAGGGACAUGGGAAGGCCGCAGACCUGGAGAUGAACGUUUUCCUCGGGAUCCUGAGGACCCACGUUUUCGAGGGCGCAGAGAAGAAAGCUUCAGAAGAGGAGCCCCCACAAGACAUGAGGGCCGUGCUCCCCCAAGAGGAAGGGACAACUUUCCUGGCCCUGAAGACUUUGGUCCGGAAGAGGGUUUUGAUGCUUCUGACGAAGCGGCCCGAGGACGAGAUCUCAGAGGGCGAGGCCGGGGCAACCCGCGAGGAGGAAGGAAGGGCUUGCUCCCCACCCCUGACGAGUUCCCUCGCUUUGAAGGAGGACGGAAGCCAGACUCCUGGGAUGGGAACCGAGAGCCAGGACCAGGCCAUGAACACUUCCGUGACGCUCCCCGCCCUGACCAUCCUCCUCAUGAUGGCCACUCUCCAGCCAGCAGAGAGCGCUCCUCUUCUCUCCAAGGCAUGGACAUGGCCUCUCUGCCACCCCGAAAGCGGCCCUGGCACGAUGGGUCAGGCAGUUCUGAGCACAGAGAGAUGGAGGCCCCUGGAGGCCCCUCUGAGGACCGAGGCAAAGGCCGAGGGGGCCCAGGACCUUCCCAGAGAGUGCCAAAAUCCGGGCGUUCCAGCUCCUUGGAUGGAGACCAUCAUGAUGGGUACCACAGAGAUGAACCUUUUGGGGGCCCCCCAGGCAGUGGCACACCCUCUCGAGGGAGCCGAAGUAGCAGUAACUGGGGAAGAGGGAGUAACAUGAACUCUGGCCCGCCAAGGCGAGGGUCUUCAAGGGGCAGUGGGAGAGGUCGGUAGAAGUAGGGGCUAAGUACCCCUAGGCCUCUCUGGACAGUAUUUAAGAAGUUCUUGUGGACUUACCAAGUGAAGCAGAAAGAAGCUUUCAUCACUGCAGCCCUGAACUCUCCUGGUGCAGCUGGUUCCAGGAGCCCCGUGAGGUCUUCAAGAUGAAGAGACUUUUGGCUACCUAGAGUAGCUGGCUGUUUGUCUUGUCCACCCACGUCACCCUAACUCCCCCAUGUUGUUUUGUGAAGGUAAAAGCUGGAAUUUUUUUUUUUUUUUUUUUUUUUUUUUAGUGUCAUGAGACAAGGAGCACCUCCACAAAUUUAAGUUCAUGUCCAUUUGGAAAUUUAUUUCUAUAUGUACAGUUUGUCAGAGAAAAAAACAUUGUUUUUGUAUGAAUACAGAAUGUGAUUUACUCAAGAAUUAACAGAAAACAACUAGUUGUGAAGUGCUUGCCUUAAGGAAACCUGUGGUUUCCAUUGCAUCUGACCUGCUGAGGGGUGCACCAUCACUGUUGACAUCCAUGAACAGACUAAAUGGGGACAGCUAUGUCAUCGUCAUCUAAAUGCAUUUCAUUUGUAAACUGUGCUUUUCAACAAUUCUUACCUACCCAUUGUCACACUAUUUUUGUACACAGUGAAGAAUACUUUAGAACUACUCUAAUGUAGUUCCAAGUAGACUCAGAACCUCAGACAUGCUCCUCCAGGUGGAAAAUUACAUUCUGAAGAAAAAUGUGACUCGUUUGGCUGUUCAACUAGAGGGUCUCCCUUGGGUGCAUCUCCUAGUAAUCAUUUUACACGUGAAUUGUCUUGUUUUGAUUGGGAAAUGCUCUUGGUAGAAACCAGAAGUUAACCACAAUCCAGUACAAUUAUUUCCCUUACUAAACUGAAAAGAACUAGAGGAAAAAGGAUUAUCAAAGUUUUGCAAAACACAGUCCCCUCUUCCAUGCUAGCUUGGAGGAAACAACAGUGUUUAAGGUAGAAGACAGCUCUUUGUAAAUCAGGAAGUUCUUUGUCAUGACAA